GAGGGGGGAGCGGCGCCGGGGGAGGCGGUGUCGGUGCCAGCUACCAUGGAGAAUAAUGAAAGCAAUGCUAAGGAUGCAAAGAGCACCUCAGAUGAAGAUGAUAACAGAGACAUAGUUCAGCAGAAAACUCAGGAGGAAAUUCUCUUUCAUGAGGAAACCAUUGAUCUUGGUGGAGAUGAAUUUGAGUCUGAAGAGAACGAAACUGUAUCAGAAGAUUCAAAUAAUUUUGUAGAUAAACUUAAUGAGCAAAUGAUGGAGAGUGUCAUUAUUUCAGAUUCACCAAACAAUAGUGAAGAUGACACAGGUGACCUUGGUUGUCUCCAGGAGAUUGUAGAACAAAUGGAAGCUAAAGAUAAUAAAAAAACAGAAGCAGAAGUGGAUAAAGAAGAGUUUUUAAGUAAUGAGAGUGAAACUGAACAUGAAGAAACACCCAAAGACAUUUCUGAGAUUGGAACAGAUGAUCAGGCAUCUUUGAAGGAAGAAUCAAUUCAGGAAGCAGUGAAGGAAGAACCAAAGAUGGAAAACAAUGUUCCUGUUGAUAAAAAGCCAAAUAACAUUAAUGAAAGCAAACCUGAGGACCAAAUAUCGUCCCCCAGUACUAGCAAACCAUCCUCCGAGGCUGAGCCUAUUCCUGUGUGCACCAUCUUUAGCCAAGCAAACAAUGUUAGUACCCAGCCACAGUUGUUCCUACCUGAUGGCUUUGAGCCUCAGAUGGUGAAAUCUCCCAGUUUCAGUAGUAUAAUUGAGACUCCAGUGAAGUCUAAUCCACAGGUGGUUCAACCAAGUCCUAGUCUGAGCAAGUUCUUUGGCGACACUGUUAACACUAACACUUUAGCUUCUGAUUUCUUUGAUUCAUUUACCACAUCCAAUUUUAUUUCUGUUAGUAAUCCCAAUGCAAACUCUUCAGUUCCAGAACAAAUGUCCUCUCUUGCCAACGAUGGAGAUGGUUCAUCUAACCCUACUUUCCCUGUGCGCAAUGGGAGACCUGAAGCAGGUGGUCCUCCCUCAUCUCUAGAAAUAACUCAAUCCCCCAAGCCAUUCUCACAAAUCCAGGCUGUUUUUGCUGGGAGUGAUGACCCAUUUGCCACAGCUUUAAAUAUGAGUGAACUAGACAGAAGAAAUGAUGCUUGGCUUCCUAGUGAGGAAACAAGGAAUGUUCUCAUUUCAGUUGCCACACAACAGUACAGCACCGUGUUCAUAGAUAAAGAGAAUCUUACCAUGCCUGGAUUAAAAUUUGAUAAUAUCCAGGGAGAUGCAGUAAAAGAGUUAAUGAUUCGCUUCUUGGGGGAGCAAGCUGCAGUGAAGAGACAAGUUUUGAACACCAGCUCUGUAGAGCAGUCAUUUGUGGGCUUGAAACAGCUAAUUAGCAGUAAAAACUGGAGGGCAGCAGUUGACUUGUGUGGGCGGCUUCUAACUGCCCAUGGUCAAGGCUACAAAAAAAGUGGACAGCCUGCUAACCAUACUACAGAUUCUUUACAGCUGUGGUUUGUGAGACUAGCACUGCUGGUAAAACUGAAUCUAUUCCAAAAUGCAGAAAUGGAAUUUGAACAAUUUGGAAAUUUAGACCAGCCUGAUCUUUAUUAUGAAUAUUACCCUCACGUAUACCCUGGACGAAAAGGUUCCAUGGUUCCUUUCUCCAUGCGGAUUUUACAUGCUGAACUUCCUCAAUACCUUGGUAAUCCUCAAGAAUCACUUGACAGACUUCAUAGUAUGAAGAUAAUCUGUGCCAAGAUAUUAGAAAAUUUGGAACAAGGCUUAGCUGAAGAUGGAAGUAUGACUAACAUUACACAAGAGAACAGACAAGCUUCUGUUCAGCUGUGGAGGUCACGUCUGGGCCGGGUGAUGUACUCCAUGGCAAACUGUCUGCUAAUGAUGAAGGACUAUGUGCUUGCUGUAGAUGCUUACCACACCGUCAUCAAAUAUUACCCACAGCAAGAGCCUCAAUUGCUGAGUGGAAUUGGAAGGAUUUUCCUUCAGAUUGGAGACAUAAAAACUGCAGAAAAAUAUUUUCAAGAUGUUGAAAAAGUGACUCACAAAUUGGAUGGACUGCAGAGCCAAAUUAUGGUUUUAAUGAACAGAGCAUUUCUCCACCUUGGUCAGAAUAAUUUCUCAGAAGCCCAUCGAUUUUUCACAGAAAUUUUAAGGAUCGACUCAUCAAAUGCUGUGGCAAACAACAAUGCUGCUGUUUGUCUUCUUUACCUGGGAAAACUGAAGGAUUCCCUUCGGCAGUUGGAAGGAAUGGUUCAGCAGGACCCUAAACACUACCUACACGAGAGCGUUCUCUUCAACUUGACCACUAUGUAUGAACUGGAGUCAUCUCGCAGUAUGCAGAAGAAGCAGGCACUUCUAGAGGCUGUUGCUAUCAAAGAGGGUGAUAGCUUUAAUACUCAGUGUCUCAAAUUAGGGUAGAUCAUUUCCAACUAAUUUUUUCCAGCAAAGAAAAACAAUUAAUUUUUUUUAAAUUGUAUAUACUUGCUGAUGUGUAAAUGUGAAAUAAAAUCUAUUCAAUUAUUAAUAUUCAGCGCCAUUAGUACAGAAUCUAUUGGCUCUAUACAGGCAUGUCUUUGUGAAGACUUUGUGGUGACCUAGAGCCAGCUUCAUCCCUACAAGUCUUAUUACUGUUCAGUUAUUCUUCACUACAGUGCACUAUACAUAUAUGUAUAUAUAUACAGUCAGCUAUUCAGAUUCUUUUGUAAGAAAAACUUAAUUUGACCUUAUAUUGCCUUGAUUUUUCAGUAGUUGGUGAGCAAAUCACAAGCUAAUUUCAUCAGCUAAGAGUUACUGACAGAAUAUCAGUAUGUGUACUACAGAAAGGAAAUUCUAAAUGCACUUCACUUGCGUAUACUGUGUGUGUCUCAUGUCCCCAUCAGAUUCCUGGGUAUUGCACCUUUGUGUGCCCACAGGUCUCAGAGGGGGUUGCUCAAUAACCACCAUCCAGUCACAGCAUGGCUGAAGUUGGAAGGAACUGCUGAAGGUCAUCUUGUCCAAGUCCUUAGUGGCAGGGUUGUCCAGGACCAUGUCCAGAGAGCAUGUGAGGGAGUUGUACAGUCCCGCACAGUGUCAGUUUCCCGCAGUGUGAGGGACUCUACUAAGUGAUCUCCCUAUACUUCCUUGGUUUUGUGUUGGAAAGCUGCUCCACUCUGGCAUUCUGCUGGGCAGAACACUGUCAGUUAAAGCAGAAACUCAACCCAUUUCAACUCAGUUCCUCUCCUUUCCUAUUAUCAAAUAAAAACAUUGUGCACAAAGUGUUUCCCAGGGAAGGUGAUGCAGAACCUGAGGCAGACGUAUCUAUAGGUUAGGCCACGCAGAGUAGAAGCAAAUGGGGUGCAGGACACAAGGCAUUUAUCAGUGAUGCAACAAUAUCUGCAUACGCUGAUUUUGGCAUCCCUUGGAACACAGAUUUUUUAGGAAUCACAGUACCACUGUGGUAUCAGUGCAUUUCACAUUUCUGCUUGCGUUUCUCCCUUCAUCUCUGUUGUAACAAUUCAACGCAGAUACUCCCACUCUUUGUACAUGAAUACAAUAUAUACAUCUGUUCAUUUGGGGGUUUUAUUGUUUUGAGAUUUAAUGUUUAGCAGUUGGAGUAGCUUCUUGUCAUAAAUCACUGCCAUGGGACAAUUCUGUAAGUGUGUUACAUUUUUUAAGACCACAUCCAUCAAUUAAUUCUCAGUCUCUUUAAAUACACCCACCUGUAUUUUUUAAUAACCAAUAACUCAUUUUUAUGCUUGUCCAUCUGGAGAUACUGUACAGGGGCCAAAGAGUUGUCCUCAAAAAUCAGGUUGUUUAAAAACUUCUGCAAUCUAGACGUGCAGAGAAAUAAGAUUUGGUCGCCUCAAAAGACAUAAGCUUGCAGCUAAUACAGGGACAGAAUUUGCUCCAUUUUUACAGGAUAUUUAUGUUUUACAGGUCAUAUUUGUACACUGAAACAUCAGCUAGUUAUGUACCAAUCAACUGAAAAAAUAUUCAGUCAUUUGGUAUUUCUGUUUCUGGCUUGGCCUCUAGGUUCUACAGCUGGGUCUGAGCUGUGCAGCACCUGGGUAGACUUGUCCUAAGGUACUACUAGUAAAUUAAAAAACGAAAUAUUCAGCACCACCUGCUUCAGCUGGGUUUAAACACCAUUUACAUAACUUCAGUGAGUAAUAAAGUAACAAAAGUAGCUACAUUUGUAUUAUUAUUUAUGAGGUUUUACAUUUGUUUUAAAUACUGCUAUGAUUUUAGACAAGGUUUAACAGUAAUUAGACAAAUUCUCCAUUUACGUUGUUACAAGUGAGUUGAAAUCACUGUAGUUUUCAUUUGUUACAGCUGUUAAUCUGAUCUGGUAUGUUACUCACUGUAUUCAUUAUUAAGUUAUUUUAGUAGUAUGUCCUCCAACACAGGUCACUUUUCUUGGGCAUGGGGUUUCUUAGGAGAUAAAAAGAAAUGCUGGUCUGUGACCACUGUCGUUCUCAAAGACUUUUGAGAGCCUUGAACAAUCUACCAGGGCAUGUAGUGAUAGGACAACAGUUUUAAACUAAAAGAGGGUAGGUUUAGAUUGGCAUAAGGAAAUUAUUCUUCAUGAUAAGGUUGGUGCCGCACUCAAGAGAUUGCCCAGAGAGGUUGUAGACUCCCUAUCCAUGGAGGUGUUCAAGACCAGGCUGGAUGGAGCUUUGAGCAAUCUGGUCUAGUGGAACGUGUCUUUGCCCAUGGGAGGGGGUUCAACUAGAGGAUUUUCAAAGGUCCUUUCCAACCCAAACUGUUCUGUGAUUCCAGUUAAAAAUUUUUACAGUGACAUGUAAAAUAAUAUAACAGAGAUUCACAUGCAUUUAGCUGUUGUACUAUCUUCUACACUCAGGAAGCUUCAUUUGUCUGUUCCAAUACUAAGUGAAAGUAGCAUGAUCCGUCAUCAUCCAGCAUGCUGAAGCCACUUGCCUCUGUACAAUCAAGGAGUAAAAUGCUCCCUUUUUUGAUUCAGUAGUGCCUGAUACUGUACAUGUAAAUGACAGCCUGUGUUCUGAUCGGCAGAGAAUAAAAAUUUAUUAUCCUAGUCAGAGUCAAAUAACCAUUAAAAAAGAAACACUCUGAAAAUAUAA